AUGGUGGCGGCAGCCUUUCUCGACCGAUGCUUCUGCGUGAGUGAGCGCGGCUCGAGCGUGGGCACGGAGGUGCGCGCGGGCAUCACCACUUUCGUCACGAUGGCCUAUAUCCUGGUGGUCAACCCCACCAUCAUGGCCACCGCGGGCCUCCCCUUCAAGGCUGCCGCGUUCGCCACCGCAGCGACGGCCAUUGUGGGGUCCGGCUUCGUGAGCGUGUUUGCCAACCUGCCGUUCGGCCUAGCGCCCGGCAUGGGUCUCAACGCCUACUUCGCCUACGGCGUCUGCAUCGCGCGUGACAUCCCUGUCGGCGUCGCGCUGGCGAUCAUGUGUGGCGUCGGCCUCUCCUUUGGCAUCCUCUCGGCGCUUGGCGCGUGCUCACUGCUGCAGCAGGUGAUGCCGAACAACCUGAAGUACGCAACCACGGUGGCCAUUGGCGUCUUCCAGGCCUUCAUCGGCUUCCGCAUGGUCAACCUUGUGGUUGGCAACAAGGACACGCUCGUCACUCUCGGCGACAUCCUCUCGACCGAGGUUGCGCUCUCUAUCGGCGGCACCUUUCUCAUUGGUGUGCUCGCUGUCAACCGAGGCGCGAUGCUCAUCGGAAUCUGCGCGUCGUCAUGCUUCAGCUGGCUGAGCGGGCUCCACCCGCUUCCAGAGAAGUUUGCAGAGAUGCCCUCCGCGCACAGCUUCUGGGACCAGCUCGACUUUGCUGGCUGCGCCGAGCGGUGGCAGGAGACGCUGCCGAUCAUGCUCGCGAUGCUUUUCGUGUGCAUUUUCGACACCGCCGGCGUGCAGUUCGGCGCGGGGUUGCAGGCGUGCUUUGCCGGCUUGGUCGACGAGCAGACUGGUCAGUUGCCGGGGACGAGGGCUGCCUUCCUCGGCGCAUCGCUCGCAACCGGCCUGGGUGGCAUCCUCGGCACUUCGCCCGUCAUCAUCCUCAACGAGACGUGCGCCGGAAUCGCCGAGGGUGGUAAGACGGGCCUCACUGGCCUCGUGGUCGCCCUUCUCUUCCUCCUCAGCUUGCCGUUCCUGCCUAUCUUCGCCGCCGUGCCACUGACCGCCACCGCGCCGUGCUGCAUCAUUGUGGGCGCCUUUAUGAUGGGACCCGCGGGGGCGAUGGACUGGGACGACCUGCGCUUCUCUCUCCCCGCCUUCCUCACUAUCACCGUUAUGCCGAUGACGUACUCCAUUGCGAACGGCGUCGUGGCCGGGCUCGUCGCGCACUUCAUCCUCAACGUCUUCAGCGUGUCCAACAAGCUGCUCUCCGACCCGCUCGUCGCCGAAGGGCAGCCCAUCCAGCCUCCUAAGCUGUCCCCGCACGCGCCACGCGUCCGGCUAGAUGAUCGGGUCGAGGCGGCGGAGCGGUUGAUUGAGAGGGCUGGGUCGUUCAAUCGCUCGCCAUCUGCCGGGCACUGGUCGCCUCCAGGCUUGUAG